UACAAUAAUAUCGACGAAGUUUUGUUUGAAAAAAUAACUUACGACGUAGGUAUAUGGCAAUGGUUAACCUCUCUUUAUUUGCAGAUGAUUGUACAAAACCGAAAGGUCAAACGGAGUAAAUUAAGAAUCGAUUGAAAACUGUUUUUAUACAACUGAUACGCAAAAAUCUAUAAAACUUUUAUGUAUACAUGAUACAUCUGACUAUAGUUUUUCUGAUUACUAAUUGCGUUGCUUACGAAUCUUUUUUUGUUCUUAUUUAAUUGAUAUCAUUUACCCAGAAGUAUACUGGUAUGUGGAUAGCGACAUUGAACAUUUUACCGCACAAAAUGAUUUUCAACAGCUGAACAUCCAGGAAGCACUCACUAAUACAUUGUGCAGAAAAUGACUUGAAAGGCAAAUUUUUACCUGAAGAAAGAAAAGAAACUGCGUUUUAAAUCUGUACACUCAAAUAGACGGCCAUUGUAUAUACUCACUCGACAAUGGGGGACGCCUCAAUAGAGCAAAGAAACUCGCCUGUUUCAUACGCAUCCCAGAAAUCUCUAACGUUAACCAACACUGGUAAUAACAACAACACGACUAAAUACGACUCUUUAUUACCAAAUCACCCCAGGAUUUCCCAGUUCACACCGCCUACUAAUGCGACUUCAACCGGCCGUUCAUUCGGCGGACACUUCAAGUCGGGUCUCUUACGACUCUUCCCGAACAGUUCCGAUAGACAUCGAAAUACGAGUGUUUUCCAGCAAACACAACAGGCUCAGAAACUGAGGGAACAAGAGCGGCAAAUGAGGGGUUUCGGAAAAGCGAAGUCAACUGUUGAAAUUAAUACACCAUCACCAGGAGUUUCAGAGAUACAGGCACCCAAUGGUCCACACUCUCCGCCUGUUAUAGGUACUAAUCAUCAUUCGAGUGCUUCGGAGCCAGUACCUUUCACCGCUUCAAGUCCUGCGCAAAGUAAUUUUUCACCGGAACUGGGAUCUAGAAGUGACAUUUUGAGACCAAUUCCUCAACGAAGUUACGUCAGUGGUCAAUCCUCGACUCCCUCUCCAAACUCAAAGAUUGGCGGCAUGUUAAAUCGAGAUGACCCGAACACGUCGCCAAGUAGCACUAUAAGCUCUACUGUCAAAACAUCGAAAGAACUUAUUUCGCAAGCGUCGGCAAAGACAGAUGUCUUAGAUACCAACAGUCAAAGCGGAUCGACCGAAGCAUCCGCGCCACCGGUACGAAUGCGUAAUAAACCACUUACCCGGCCGCAUUUUAGGGCGCGGCCUCAGAGUUUGAUCGAGAACCCGACUUUUAAACAUACAUUUAUUGAAAACGCUGAAAAUAACUUUGGCGGUCUUGGCCGAACAAGUUCACUCGUUCCGCAAUCGUACAAAAAAGCAACUGGCGUUCAGAGACCUCUGAAAGGAUCGCCUGAAGUUGAUGUCUCGAAACCUUAUGCUCCGUUGCCUAAUAGAGCAACCAAUAGCAGACUUAUAAAUGCCAUUAACCGAAGGAAUCGUCAUUCGGCUCAACCAGAUUUUAACAGAACGGCGAGUCUAGACGAACUGAAUCCGAACGGGAACCAAAAACAAAACACGACCAAAAGUACUCCAGAAACCUCGAGCCCUCAAAAUUUAUCACAAAAAGUUAUUUAUGACCAUAUUACGAAACAGUAUUACUCGCCAGCCGACGCAUAUAAGCAUGGUAUUAUUGACAUGAACACGUUUAACCGAUGCAGAACAAAAAGACGCUUUCUAUUUCCAAGGUCAAGUUCGAUCACUUCUGUAGCCUCAAAUGGAAGUUGCGAUGAGUCGAACACCGGAUCACAGACAAAUUUCGUUCGCAAAAUUGGAAUCCACGACCAGCGAUCGAACGAAAUUCUAAAUUUAGACCAAGCUUAUUCCCGCGGUAUUUUAGAUGAGACUCGUUAUAACACACUCAAAAACCAAGAAAUGGACCAAUCCUUCUCAACAGGACGUCGAACUCGUUCCGCAACUGCGCUUAAUUUUAUAGCGAGCCAAGCCCCCCAAGCUCCAAAAACAAGCCCGAAUCUCCGAUCUUUCCUCAGUGGGUCUCCACUAUCGCCACCAAAAACACCAAUCGGUCAAAGUGUUGUUCCGAAGUAUCCUCAGCGAAAAAUUUCAGCUGGAAGUAAUGUUUCACGAGAGAUUAAUAAUACUCGGAAUCAAAAUCAGUGGAACAUUUCGAAUCGUUCUUAUUCGUUUAACAGUAUAAAAUCUAACGAAUCGGAUAAUUCUAAUGAUUUGCCGGAGAAAUGUCUCACUAAAAACCCUAAAACAAACAACAUGGGCUUCUCAGAAACUGCCAAAAAUCAGGAAAAAGUUGACCAAAAUGAGAAAACGUCUGAACAGGUUGAUAAUGAAAGAGGCGCGAAUGAGUGCCAAAGUGUGAACGAAAAUAAGACAGUUGUAAAUGUUUCACGCGUUAAAAUUCAACUAAAAACGGAAGAAGGAGAAGUCGAAAUGGAUCUCAAGGACGCAUUGGAAAGAAGUCUGAUUUCGCAGACCGAGUAUGACAAAGUCAUUCAAACUUUGCAAUCCACGCAGAAUAAAUAUAAAUUAUUACCGAGGGAAAUCCCAAAUUAAAUUAUCCUGAAGAACGUGAUUGAGUUGUAUAGUUUUUUUUCUGGUUAAAGACGUGCAGUAUAUUACCAGAGAAAAAAUAAUCUAACACUCUCUAAGUUCAUUUUAGUCCCGUUAAAACCGAAAGUUAGAUUUCAAAACUUAACGGAAUUUUGAUUUCCAGAAGCUACUAUUAAAGUUAUGCGAAGCUUUUUCUAUUUU